AUGGCAGAGUUACUAUCUAUUCAUGUCCACAUUCCUCCUAACCAGAUGGCCACUAAUGCGAAGGCCAGAGCUGCAGCUAAAAAACUUGAAGCUAAUGGAGGUGCAAUGGCCUUGCAUCCUUUACAAAAUUCUACAGAGAGACAUACAGAAACUAAAGAUACUAGAGGAAGAUUCGCCAAACUUCCUAAAAGAAAAGCCGUUGAUAUAGAGUUUAGGGAUUUAACUUAUUCUGUUAAAGAAGGAAGACACAAAGAUGUGAAAAAUAUCCUAAAAUGUAUUUCUGGGAAAUUCUGCUCUGGAGAACUUACAGCCAUCAUGGGCCCUUCAGGGGCAGGUAAAUCUUCAUUAAUGAACAUUCUGGCUGGUUACAGAACCUCCAACAUAACUGGAGACAUCUUGGUUAAAGACAAGGAACGUAAUCUACGCACAUUCAGAAAAAUGUCUUGCUACAUCAUGCAAGAUGAUCAUCUUCUGCCUCAUCUCAGUGUUGAAGAAUCCAUGAUGUGUUCUGCUAACCUCAAGCUAAAUGAGAAGAUGACUUUGAGUGCAAAACAAAAUCUUGUUGAUGAAAUUCUUGAAACUUUGGGUUUAAUGGAGACCAAGAAAACCCGAACUAGCAAUUUGUCUGGUGGACAGAGAAAGAGGCUCUCCAUAGCACUGGAGCUUGUAAACAAUCCUCCUGUAAUGUUUUUUGAUGAACCCACGAGUGGCUUGGACAGUGCCUCAUGUUACCAGUGCAUUUCUUUGCUAAAGUCUUUAGCUGCUGGAGGCAGAACUGUGGUCUGCACUAUCCACCAGCCUAGUGCCAAGCUCUUUGAAAUGUUUGACCAUCUCUACAUGCUAGGUGAAGGACAAUGUAUUUAUCGUGGAAGUGUCAGCAACCUCUUGCCCUAUUUUGAGAAGCAAGGUGUAACAUGUCCACCUUACCACAAUCCAGCAGAUUUUGCUAUGGAAGUGGCAGUAGGUGAAUAUGGUGUUGAAAAGGUGAAUCAGUUGAUCCUUGCUGUGAAAAAUGGUCGCUGUGUACCACCUUUGCCAUCUCCUGAGGUUGUGGUCAAUGACCAGGAAAAGGCAGCCUUGAUGAGAAGUGAAAAAGAAGCAAUGAUGAAUGGUAAUCACUAUGAUUGGAAUCAAGAAAUGGAAGAAAAGAAAAAACUGAUGUGUAAUGGCUUUACCAAUGGACAUCUCCUAGGACAGACAGAUGCUAUCAAGUCGGCCAUCUCUCCAGUUAUUGUCACCAAACCAGAAGACAAUGAUUAUGAAUGUCAUACAUUUGCAACUAGUUGCUUUACACAAUUCCGGAUUCUAUUCAUUCGAACUUUCAUUACCAUCAUGAGAGAUACUACUUUGACCAGACUGCGCUUGAUUGCUCAUUUGUCUGUUGGUAUCUUAAUUGGUCUGCUUUAUCUGGGUAUUGGCAAUGAGGCCAGCAAGGUUUUUAAUAAUACCAGCUGCCUGUUUUUUUGUAUGCUCUUCCUUAUGUUCACUGCUCUCAUGCCAACAAUUCUCACAUUCCCAAUGGAAUUGUCAGUAUUUGUGAGAGAGCAUCUGAAUUAUUGGUACAGUUUAAAGGCUUACUACCUUGCAAAGACAUUUGCUGACAUGCCCUUUCAGAUAAUUUUUCCACUUGUCUAUGGUAGUAUCGUUUAUUGGAUGACUUCUCAACCAUGUGAUUUUUUGCGCUUUGUCAUGUUCUUAACAUUGGCCACUCAAACAUCUUUGGUUGCCCAAUCUCUUGGCUUGCUCAUUGGAGCAGCAACAUCUCUUCAGGUGGCUGUGUUUUUGGGUCCUGUUAUCUCAAUCCCAAUCCUUCUCUUCAGUGGAUUUUUUGUGAAUUUUGAUACUAUUCCUCCUUACCUACAGUGGCUUUCCUAUGUCUCUUAUAUUAGAUAUUCAUUUGAAGGUGUGCUCCAGGCCAUUUAUGGCUUUGAUCGUGGGGCACUGGACUUUGCAGGUAUUUGCACUUUCCUUUUGCAAUUUUUUUUUCCUCUUUCCUGCAAUACUUGA